CUGUAUUGGCAGAAGCAGUUCCUGGCGGCGGGCUUUGUUUAGUCCGAAGCCUUGGAGCUCUACGGGGUGACUGAUAGGUAAAGAAGGAAGGAAGAUCUCUUUCCCACCCCCUUCGCCAUGGGGUACAAUGCAAGCUGGGUGCCAGUCAACGAAAAUGAACGUGGGGGUGGGCACUAUCAGGCUGUCACCCCCGCGUUGAACGCAUCCGGGGCACACAUCGUGGGGAUCAACAGAAGCAUCCAUGGGAUGGGGACUUCGGAAGACGAGGAAUAUAGGGAAGAACAAACGUACCGGCAUUUUACUACCAUUGUGCAAGUUGUCAUCUUUAUAGGUUCCCUGCUAGGAAACUUUGUGGUACUAUGGUCGACGUGCAGGACGUCAGUUUUUAAGUCAGUAACCAACCGUUUUAUUAAGAACUUGGCCUGCUCUGGACUCUGUGCCAGCUUAGUCUGUGUGCCUUUUGACAUUGUCCUCAGUGCCAGUCCACACUGCUGCUGGUGGAUCUACACCAUGGUCUUCUGUAAGAUCAUCAAGUUCUUGCACAAAGUCUUCUGCUCAGUGACGAUCCUUAGCUUCCCUGCCAUUGCUCUGGAUAGGUACUAUUCAGUUUUAUACCCACUAGAAAGGAAGAUAUCGGAUGCAAAGUCUCGAGACCUGGUGAUCUACAUCUGGGCUCAUGCAGUGGUGGCCAGCAUUCCUGUAUUUGCUGUGACCAACGUGUCAGAUAUUUAUGCUAUGUCCAGUUGUACUGAGCUUUGGAGUUACUCCAUUGGCCAUUUAGCAUAUGUCAUAAUUUACAACAUUACCACUGUGAUUCUGCCAGUGGCUGUGGUGUUUCUCUUUAUGAUCCUCAUCCGCAGAGCACUGAGUGCCAGCCAGAAGAAAAAAGUCAUCAUAGCUGCCUUAAGAACCCCUCAAAAUACAAUUUCUAUUCCUUAUGCCUCCCAGAGGGAAUCUGAACUUCAUGCCAUGCUGCUGUCCAUGGUUAUGAUUUUUAUUUUCUGCAGUAUCCCCUAUAUGACUUUGGUGAUCUACCGCACUGUACUCAAUGCUUCUGACACCUCUGAGUACUUGCUUCUCACUGCCAUCUGGCUGCCUAAGGUAUCACUGUUAGCCAACCCCCUGCUCUUCCUGACUGUUAACAAAUCUGUACGGAAGUGUUUAGUAGGGACAAUGGUGCAGUUACACCGAAGGUAUAGUCGGAGGAACAUUGUCAGCUCUGGAGGUGCUGUGGACACCAACCUGGAGCCUCAUGUCCGUUCUGGUAGCCAGCUUCUGGAAAUGUUUCAUAUUGGGCAGCAGCAAAUUUUCAAGCCCACCGAGGAUGAAGAAGAGAAUGAAACCAGAUCCAUUGGCUCCAGUGGUUACCAGCAGAAGGAAAUUCGUACAACUAGCUUAGAUGUAGAACAGGCUUUAGUUCAGAGAUCUAUGCCUCAUGCAGUUGCAGAUUCUGCAGCGCAAGUGGCGCCCGCUCUGCCAACAGAAGCAGAAUUGGCCAAUGAGAAGUAUUCCAUGCAGUUGGGCUUUGGACCCUUCGAGCUGCCUCCACAGUGGCUGUCAGAAAAUCGGAACAGUAAGAAACGACUUCUGCCACCAUUGGGAAAUACUCCCGAGGAGUUAAUCCAGACAAAGCAGCCCAAGGGUAAAGCCGAAAGAAAAAUUAGCAGGAACAAUAAAGUCAGCAUCUUCCCCAAGGUGGAUUCAUAGUAAAAGCACUCUCUGUGAUAAGGCAGGGCCAUAUGGGUGAUCCUAUGGAUCU